AUGGAACCAAUCACAACUCAAAUACAAAUACAAUUACAACAGGAGACAACUCGACACGCAGCAAUUCCACUCCGGACAACAACUCAACAAGAGACAACUCAAUACAAAACAACCCAAUAUGUAACAACUCAACACGCGACAACAUUGCAACACGAGACAACAACUCAACACGAGACAACAUUGCAACACGAGACAACAACUCAACACGCGACAACAACUAAACAAAAAACAACAAUCCAAGACGAGAUAACUCAAUCAGAGACAACAACUCAACACGAGACAACAACUCAACAAGAGACAACUCAACCAGAAACAACAAAUCAAAACUUGAAAACAACUAAACACGAAACAAAAACUUCACACGAUACAACACCUCAACACGGAAUAACAACUCAACACGAGACAACUCAACACUUAACAACAACUCAACACUUAGCAACAACUCAACACGAGACAACAACUCAACACGAAAUAUCAACACCUCCCGAGACAACAACUCAACACGAAACAAGAAAUCAGCACGAAAAAUCAACUCAACAAGAGACAACUCAGCACGAAACAACUCAACACAAGACAACAACUCAACACGAGACAACAACUCAAAACGAAAUAUCAACACCUCCCGAGACACCACGUCAACAAAAGACAACAACUCAACACGAAAUAUCAACACCUCCCGAGACAACACGUCAACAAAAGACAACUCAACAAGAGACAACACAAAAAGAGACAACAACUCAACAAAAGACAACUCAACAAGAGACAACACAAAAAGAGACAACAACUCAACAAGAGACAUCUCAACACGAGACAACAACUCAACACGAGACAGCAAUUCAACACGAGACAACUCAACAGGAGACAGCAACUCAAUACGAAAUAACAACACCACUGGAGAAAUCUAGUCAACAAGAGACAACAACUCAAAACGUAACAACCGCACACGAAACAACAACUCAAUAUGAGACAACUCAACACGAGACAACAACUCAACACGAGACAACAACUCCAAUCGAGACAACAACUUCACAUGAGACAAUAACACAACACGUGGCAACAAUUCCACAUGAGAUAACUAGUCAACAAGAGACAACAACUCAAAACUUGACAACAACUCAAUACGAGACAACUCCACACGAAACAACAACUCAACAUGAGAAAACUAAACAUGAGACAGCAACAAAACAUGUGACAACACCACCCGAGACAACAACUCCACACGAGAAAACAACUCAAUACGAGACAAAUCCACAAGAUACAAAAACUCCACACGAGAUAACACAACGCCUGACAACAAAUCAUCACGAGACAACACUUCAACAAGAGACAACUCACCAUGAGACAAAAACUCAACACGAAACAACAACUCAACACGAGACAGCUCAAACAGAGACAACAAAUCAACACGAGACAACAACUUCACAUGAGACAGUAACACAACACGUGGCAACAACUCCACAGGAGAUAACUAGUCAACAAGAGACAACAACUCAAAACAUGACAACAACUCAAUACGAGACAACUCAACACGAGACAACAACUCAACAUGAGAAAACUUCACAUGAGACAGCAACAAAACAUGUGACAACACCACACGAGACAACAACUCCACACGAGACAACAAAUCAACACGAGACAACAACUUCACAUGAGACAGUAACACAACACGUGGCAACAACUCCACAGGAGAUAACUAGUCAACAAGAGACAACAACUCAAAACUUGACAACAACUCAAUACGAGACAACUCCACACGAAACAACAACUCAACAUGAGAAAACUUCACAUGAGACAAAUCCACAAGAUUCAAAAACUCCACACGAGAUAACACAACGCCUGACAACAAAUCAUCACGAGACAACACUUCAACAAGAGACAACUCACCAUGAGACAACAACUCAACACGAAACAACAACCCAACACGAGACAGCUCAAACAGAGACAACAAAUCAACACGAGACAACAACUUCACAUGAGACAGUAACACAACACGUGGCAACAACUCCACAGGAGAUAACUAGUCAACAAGAGACAACAACUCAAAACAUGACAACAACUCAAUACGAGACAACUCAACACGAGACAACAACUCAACACGAGACAACAACUCCAAUCGAGACAACAACUUCACAUGAGACAAUAACACAACACGUGGCAACAACUCCACAUGAGAUAACUAGUCAACAAGAGACAACAACUCAAAAUGUGACAACAACUCAAUACGAGACAACUCCACACGAAACAACAACUCAACAUGAGACAACUUUACAUGAGACAGUAACACAACACGUGACAACACCACACGAGACAACAACUCCACACGAGAUAACUACUCAACAAGAGACAACAACUCAAAACGUGACAACAACUCAACACGGGACAACUCAACACGAGACAACUCAACACGAAAAAAACCCUCAACAUGAGACAACUCCAUACGAGACAAUAACUCAACAAGUGACAACUCAAAACGAGACAACAACUCCUUGCAAGAUAAUUCCGCACGAGAAAACUCCACACGAUAUAUCAACAACUCAACACGAGACAACUCAACCAAUCAAAACAAUCGAAUACAAGACAACAUUGCAACACAAGACAACUCCAGAAAAUGCAAACACCAAAUAUGAGUCAACAACAAACCCGGACACAACAAUACAACACGAGACAACUCCACACGAGACAACAAAUCAACACAAGAAAACAACUCAAAACGAGACAAAUCCACAAGAUACAAAAACUCAACAAGCGACAACAGCUCAACACGAGACAACAAAUUCACACGAGACAGCAGCACAACACGUAACAACAGGUCCACACGAGACAACAACUCAACAUCAGACAACAACUCAACAUCAGACAACAACUCCACACGAGAUAACGACUCAACAACAGACAACAAUUCUAAACGAGACAAAAACUCAACACGUGACAACCCCACAUGUGACAACAACUUCACACGGGACAACUCAACAAAUCAAAACAAUCGAAUAUGAGACAACAUCGAAACAGGAGACAACAAGCAAACACCAGAUAACUCAAAAAAAGUCAUCAAUACCUCCUGAGACAACAAGAAAACACAAAACAACUUCUCUCGAGACAACACCACAAGAUACAGCAACCCAACACGGGACAACAAAACACCAAACAACAGUUCAACACGACACAACUCAAAAAACCACAUCGACCCAACACGGGACAACCCAACACCAAACAACAACAACUAAACAAGAAGGAAAUCAACAACAAACAUCAACUCGGCAAGAUACAACACCUCAACAUGAGACAAAUCUACAAGAUACAACUCAACAAAUCAUUUCAACUCAUCACGAAACAACAACCGAACCACAUACGACAAACCUACACGAGACCAGAACUCAAUACGGGACAACAAUUCACCACCUGACAACACCUCAACGAGAUACAACAAUUCAACAACAACCAACAAGUCAAACACCUAACACGCAACACGACACAACUCGAAAAGGUAUAAUUACUCUACAAGAGACAACACACCAAUACGGGACAACUCGACAGGAUAAAAUAACUCAACACGAGGCAACUCAGCAAGGUACAACAACCCAACACGUGACUGUUCAAAACGAGACACCUAAUGCACACGAUACAUCAAACCAACACGCCACAACUCAAUAUGAACUAACAACUCAGCCAGAAACAACAACCAAACCCAAGACAACAACUCCACACGAAACAACUAAUCACGAGACCAUAACUAAAUACAAGACAAAAGUUUACCUCAUGACAACACCUGAACAAGAUACAACUCAUCACGAUACAACCGAACAACAUACAACAACCCAACACAAGACAACUCAAAACAAGACAAUAGCACAACACGAAACAACUCAGCAACCUGUUACAACUCAACAAGAGACAACAACUGAACGUCAAACAACUCAUCAGGAAACAACAACAAAACCCUUGACAACAAAACAACACGAGACCACAUCUGGAUUUGAGACUACAAUUCACCACCUGACAAUACGUCAACAAGAUUCAACAACUAAUCAAAAUACAGCAACCCAACACGACACCACAACUCAACCAGAGAUCACAACACAUCAUGAAAGAACUAUACAUCCUCUGACUCGGCAUGAUUAUACAACUCAAUACAACAUAAUAAUAAACCACCUGACAACACCUCAACAGGAUAUAUCAAUCCAAAGCGAGACAACUCAACAAGAUAAAACAACCCAACACGAGACAACGCAACAUUAUACAACAAAUCAAAACGAGAUAACUACACAACACGAGACCGAAAGAAUUACAACAACCAAUUACGUGACAAUUCAACAGAAUAUAACAUUUCGAAAUGAAACAAAAUCUCCAUUUUCAACAACACUACAAGAAACAACUACCAAAACAAUUCCACACGAGACAAUUCAACUCGAGACAACACCUCAAUACGACACAUCAACUCAUAAAGAUAAACCAACACAACACAACACAACAACUUCACAUGAGACAACGAAACAAGAACAAAUAACUCAGCUUACGACAACUCAACGAGAUACAACAACCAAACACGAGACAACUCAAGUAGACACAACAAUCAAACAGCAGGCAAGACCUAAGCAUACUACACGUCAAGAGGACUUUACAACACAACAGCACACAACACUUCGACUUGACUCAACACCUCAACAGCGUACAACAACACAACAGCACACAACAACACAACAGCACACAACAACCCAUCAACAACAAACAACACCACAACAGCACACAACACUUCGACACGAGUCAACACCUCAACAGCCCACAACAACACAACAGCACACAACAACACAACAGCACACAACAACCCAUCAACAACAAACAACAAAUCAACAGCCCACAACAACCCAUCAACAGCACCCAACACUUCGACACGAAUCAACAUUUCAACAACACACAGCAACACAACAGCACACAACAACACAACAGCACACAACAACCCAUCAACAACAAACAACACUUCAACAGCACAUAACAGCUCAACGGGAAACAACGUUUAAGCAAGACAUCCAGACCACUUCCUCGUCUUUAGGCGACGGCUUAUACAACAGUGCCAAAGACAACGACCAUCAUAAAGCUUCACUCAGCCCUUCGACUCGCUUAGUAUUAGUUAUUGGAGCAACAUCUCUUGGAACAGCCAUCAUACUGUUUGUCAUCAUCGUUAAAAUAGUGUAUAAAAGGGCAGAGUUCAGAAAACGGAAGUUGGAGGAAAACUUGAUUCGAAACAGAUAUGACAUGUGCAUUACAUCAUCACGUGACAGAUAUGCAAGAUCCUGGUUAUGACGUAUUCUUAU